AUGACGACACCGCAACAAGCACUACCACCACCACUAGUGCAGCCACCUCAAUCGCAAGCACCAAUGGUGGCAGAGGACACCAGGAAUACUGCUACUGUUGUGGUAGAACUUUUUAGGAAACAACCACUCCCAACCUUUGAGGGUGGUAUAGAUCCAUUGGAAGUAGAGGAUUGGUUGGUCAGAAUAGAAAGAAUUUUUGAUCUCACUAACUACCCCGACUUUAAGAAAGUUAUUUGUGCAACAUUUAUGCUUAAGAAAGGUACCAUGCGUUGGUGGGACUCAACCUCAAGGUCGAGGGCCUGUGGACACAUCUUGACGUGGAAUGAAUUUAAGGAACAAUUCCUAAGAAAGUACUACCCCACAAGUAUCCGCAAUCAGAAGGAGAGGGAAUUUCUCAAUUUAGUUCAAGGGUCAAUGUCUUUAAUUGAGCCAUAUGGCAAAAAAUAUGCCCUAAGGGACAGAAGUAGAAACAACGACAACAACAGAAGCCUAGGAAUCCCCCUAGAGGCCAAGCUCUAUGCACUCACAGAGCAGGAACAAGGGAAAGUCAUUGUUAAGCAACCUGGAGAUAUAGAACUUCGUCUUUCAGUAACCAAGACAAAAUCCCUACACCGUAUUAUUUCAGCAUUGAAGGCUAGAAAACUCUUGAAGUCAGAAGGUUGUAGGGGAUUCUUGAUGUCAAUUGUAGCUAAGGAAGAUGAAGAGCUAAAGGGUAUUGGAUGUGUUUUGAUGCAACAAGGUAAGGUAGUUGUUUAUGCAUCGAGGCAGUUGAAACCUCAUGAGCAGAAUUAUUCUACACAUGACCUAGAACUAGCUGCGAGGAGAUGGCUUGAACUAGUAAAGGAUUACGAUUGUGAAAUUCAUUACCACCCGGGCAAGGCAAAUAUAGUAGCCGACGCCUUGAGUAGAAAGACAAUGGGACAAGUGGCGAUGUUAACAGUACAAAGGCCUAUAUGGAAAGCAUUUGAGAAAUUAAGUCUUGAAGUGGUAGCUACAGCUUCCCCCGAUUCUAUUUCUCGAAUGGCAGCAUUGCAGUUCGACCGACUCUCCGUGAUCGAAUUAAGAAUCAUUGAAAGGGUGAUCAAUUCUUGGACUUUAUCAAAGCUGAGAUUGACACAGAGAGAGGAAAGAUUUCACCAUAGCCAAGGAUAA